AUCCCGGAGAUCCUGCGCGGGAUGACCACCGGCAGCCUCCUCACCCUGCGCGGGACCAACACGGACAGUGGAAAGACCACCCGUGAGGCUGCCUUCGAGGGCAUCAGUCAAUUCCAAGUUGACAAUUCCAUUCUCCACGAUGAAAUAGCAGAGUGCCGAGUCACUAAAACUGAGGCUGAACUUGAGGUGCUGAGGUUUGCAUCUAGAGUGUCUGCUGCUGCCCAUAAAGCUGUGAUGCGUAAGAUCCGUCCUGGAAUGAAAGAAUACCAACUUGAAGCCAUCUUCCAACACCAUUCUUACUACCAUGGAGGUUGUCGUCACCAGGCCUACACAAACAUCUGUGGUUCUGGGUGCAAUGCUGCCGUGCUUCACUAUGGACAUGCUGGUGCUCCAAAUGCUAGGACUGUCGGCGAUGGAGACAUCUGCCUGUUUGACAUGGGUGCUGAAUAUUACUGCUAUACCAGUGAUAUUACUUGCUCUUUCCCUGCAAAUGGAAAAUUCACAGAAGAUCAGAAGGCUAUCUAUAAUGCAGUUCUUAGUGCCUCACGUGCUGUCAUGGCUGCUGUGCGUCCAGGAGUGUCUUGGGUAGAGAUGCAUCGUGUGUCAUACCGAGCAAUGCUAGAGAAGCUGAAGGAAGCAAACAUCGUGCAAGGAGAUAUUGAUGAAAUGAUGAAGGUCACUUUGGGUGCAGUGUUCCAGCCACAUGGUCUAGGACAUUUAUUGGGUCUUGAUGUCCAUGAUGUUGGUGGUUACCUUGAGGGUAACCCAGGUCGUCCUCAAGAAGCGGGCUUCCGCUCAUUGCGAACAGCCAGGAUUCUAGAGGAAAACAUGGUUCUGACCAUUGAACCUGGGUGCUACUUCAUUGACCAUCUGCUGGACCAGGCUCUUGCUAACCCAGAGCAAGCUCGUUUCUUGGUUCCUGAGGCCAUUGCCCGCUUCCGUGGAUUUGGCGGAGUGAGAAUUGAGGAUGACAUUGUUGUCACAGCCAAUGGCAUGGAAGACCUGACUGGAGGAAGCAUUCCAAGAACUGUGGAAGCUAUUGAGCAGCACAUGGCUGAAGGUCAAAGGGAGGAAGAAAUGUUUAUCCCUCAGCUCCAUGCCCAGGAAAAGUUGGGUCACUAAAAUCAAGUUCUUGCCAUACUUUAAAAGGGAAUAGUAGCUAAUCUUUCACCAAUGUAACUGCAUAAUAUUACCCAGAUUGUUACAGUACAAAUUAAAGUUUACAACAGUUUUUUCAAAGCAUUAGCACAAAAUUUGACAUUGCAUUGUGUAGGACCAUAUUUUCAUGAAGAUAUAUACUUUUGUACCAGAUGAAGUGGUUACUGCCAUAUUAGUUGUAAUACAUAGGUGAGAAAUAGCUUAAACGUGAUUUCACAUUUUAUCUUGAUUUGAUUUUUCCUGAUUUUAUGUCCAGUUAUUAGCCACAAACUAACUUGUUAAUGUCACAAAUAUGUGUUGGAUAUAUACUCAUGCAUAUAGGAUACUUUUUAACGUGGAAUUUGUUCAUGUAUCGGGUAAAAAAAAUAGUGUUGCUCUGCAAGUGAUUGCAAAUAAUUGACCCAAUAUAACUAUAUUUGGGGUGUCAUAAUAUGAAAAGUUACUGCAGAGAAAUGAGUUUACAUCAUUUUUGUUACAUGUUCACUUUUAUGUAUCUGGGAAAAGAAUAUAUAUAUAUGUUGGAAAUAAAGUUUUGGUGACUCA